CGCCCCCACUGCCACACCUACAAUAAAUAAAAAAGUCACAGGGGGCACUAUAGAGUCCCUGGGUAACUCCUGAAUCCACUCUUUUGACAGAAAAUGAUGACACACACUUCUUGGUACAAAGUUUUGUAAGUUUUUGAGGAUUCUAAAUGAAUCCCACCCCGCCCCCCCAAAAAAAGGUAUAAAAGGACUAAAAAAGGAAUGAUAAUGAAAAACUAAGUACAAUAAAUGAAUAAGUAAUCACAGAGGAAGAGAAAGGAAAAGAGAAGUUAUUCUGGACCUACAAGUUUUGGUCCCUGAAACAUUCAAAUAAUGGACCCUGUGUCUUCCGAAAUAUUUUACAGACCCCCUGAUGGGGCAUCUUUAAUCUAUAAUGAAUGAACUGGAGGAGGAGCUGAUUUACAACUAAGUGAGAUGAGACACAUGGUCAUCAGUGUUGAAAAUGCUGGAAGUUCAGCACUAUAUUUGGGCAGUGGUAAAGUUAGAGGCGGGACUGAGAUAUGACUCAGACUGCAGCUUGUUCAAAAGACGUCUCUGCACUAGUAUUAAAGAUCCAAGUCAGACCAAAACUGAUGAAGAGAAAGACAUAAAUGUUCACAGUUUCACACAAGUUUCUGGAUUCAUUACAAAAUCUUUAUAACAUUAUAACUUUAUAACUUUCUUUCUAGCCUGCUCUCUGGUUCCUGGUUUCAUAACGGAAGUUGAACAUGACACCCAACACCCCCAGCUGUACAGAGAUAAGCUGUGUGUGUGUGUGUGUGUGUGUUUAAUCUGUAGUGUGAGGUCUAAAUGUGUUCUCUUCCAGCUCUCUCUUUCACACUAAAGGAACCUCCAACUGCAGUGUCUCUGGAUUUCUCAUAAUAAUAAUACUACUGCUAAUACUACUACUACUAACAGUAAUAAUAAUAAUAAUAAUAAUAAUAAUAAUAAUAAUAAUAAUAAUCAGGAUGGCGUAUUGGUGGAGUUUUUCGGCGGAGACGUGGGCUCUGAUCGUGAUCCUCAUCAGUCUGAUCCUGCUGUACGGGUACUGGCCACACAGUUUCUUUAAGCGUUUGGGAGUUCCUGGUCCUAAACCGGUACCAUUUUUCGGAAACAUGUUAGAAUAUCGUAAGGGAAUCCAUAAUUUUGAUAUGGAGUGUUUUCAGAAGUACGGCAGGGUUUGGGGUAUAUACGAAGCGAGACAGCCGUCCAUCUGUAUCCUGGACACCGAGAUCAUCAAAACCGUCCUGAUUAAAGAGUGUUACUCUCUCUUCACCAACCGCAGAAGUUUGCGUCUACAAGGUCCUCUGUACGACGCAGUGACCAUCGCCGAGGAUGAGGACUGGAAAAGAAUCAGGAGUGUUCUCUCUCCAUCGUUCACCAACGGCAGACUAAAGGAGAUGUUUGAGAUCAUGAAGUCACAUUCUCGUUCGUUGGUUGAGAAUCUGGAGAAGACAUCUGAGCGAGGAGAAUCAGCAGAUAUACGAGAGUUUUUCGGAGCGUACAGUAUGGAUGUGGUGACGAGCACAGCGUUUGGUGUUGAUAUCAAUUCUCUGAACAACCCCAAAGAUCCCUUUGUAACCAACUUCAAGAAACUGCUGAAGUUUGAUCUACUCAACCCUUUGUUCCUCACCAGUGCGUUGUUCCCCUUUAUCACACCAGUGCUGGAGAAAAUGGGUAUUUCCAUUUUCCCAACUGCAGUGACUAAUUUCUUUUACGCUUCCCUGCAAAAGAUCAAGUCUGAACGUGUCGCCCAAAAUCAUAAGAAACGAGUGGACUUCAUGCAGAUGAUGAUCGAUUCUCAGACAUCAGAAAAAGAGAAUAUGAAUGGCAAAGAAUCAAACAAAGGUCUGACUGAUCAUGAGAUCCAGUCCCAGUCUUUGGUGUUCAUCUUUGCUGGUUAUGAGACGAGCAACAAGACGCUGUCGUUUCUCUUCUACAAUCUGGCCAGUAAUCCAGACACGAUGAAGAAACUACAGGAAGAAAUUGAUGAAACUUUCCCUAAUAAGGCUGAAGUUGAUUAUGACACAGUGAUGAACAUGGAUUAUCUGGACGCUGCUCUGAACGAGUCACUCAGGUUGUACCCAGUUAUUUUUCGUCUGCAAAGAGUCUGCAAGAAAACGGUUGAAAUAAAUGGUGUUACCAUCCCAAAAGAUACUGUCGCCUUGAUCCCCACUUAUGCCCUACAUCGGGACCCUGAAUACUGGACUGAGCCAGACACCUUCAAGCCUGAAAGGUUCACUCAGGAGAAUAAGAAGAGCAUCGAGCAGUAUGCGUACAUGCCGUUUGGUUUAGGACCCAGAAACUGCAUCGGGAUGAAGUUUGCCCUUGUGAUCAUAAAGCUGGCUGUUGUUGAGAUACUGCAGAAAUUCGACAUCAGUCUUUCUGAGGAAACGAAGGUUCCUCUGGAGCUGAUCAACACUGGAAUUCUGGCUCCUAAACACCCCAUAAAACUCAAAUUCACAAUUCGGAAAAUGUCAAACUCGGACUCCUUCGACAACAGCCACAUUAACUCAUAAACUCUCAAAUGUUUUCCUUAUUUUCACUGUAUUUCUGAAUUUGACUUUAUUUUUCAGAGUAUUACAGUCAAUCUGUAUUUGAAACUGAAGUGGAAAUGUGUGCUAGGUGUGUAAAGAUGCAAUGCCUGUGUGAAAAAUUAUUCAAACCUGUUUAGCACUUUUAAAUGCCAAUGUUAUUUCAUGUGUUCACGCUUAACCCCUGUGAGUCCUUAUGGGCAUUUUUGUCUUUUUCAUUUUUUUUAUUAUUAUUAUUUUAUUUUUAUUUUUUAUAAUUUUGUCUGUGUUAAUGCAAACAGCAUAGUUUUUGUGUAUUUUUAUUGGGAUUUUAAUGUUUCAUCCUCAUUUGCUUUCAUAAAUCUAUUUUAAACUAGAUACACAAAAUAGUUUCAUUCAGGACCUUACAGACAAAAACGUCCCCAUUGAAACCCAUUCAAACUGCAAUAUUUAAUCCUCAUGACGUUUAAGCAUAAAAUCAUGCAUUCUGUGUUAACAGGCUUUUAUUUUGUGUAGUAUUUUCUCAGGUUUAUCCUCUGGGGAAAAUCCAUGCUUUUCCUUUUUUCUGCUUCUGCUGAAUUAUAGAGUGCCGCAGACCAACUGAAUAAAUGAUCACUCUAACAGGACACAUCUGGGCAACAAGACACACCUGUCUGUCACAUGUUCCAAUAUUUUUGAUCACUUGAAAAAUGGGCAUGUUCAAACAAAAAAAAGGUUAAAUUUUCUAAGUUGUUUAACAUGUCUAGAUGUAAAUAUCAGUAAAUAAAAGCUGAAAUUCUCUCUCAUGUUCAUCUUUUGAUCUCAAACCCAAAUGUCUUCAUUGUACAGCAAAA